GAUGCAGGAUGGGAGCUGGAAUGACACACUCCCCCACUCAGUGCUUCUAAAGGAAGCGUGUCCUCCAGGGGGUGUGUCUCAGGAUGGCGAUAGAGGCAUGUUUUUGGAGGCGUCCUCAGAUGGAAAAGUUUACCUGGCAGAGCUUGAGGGAGAUGGGAACUUUCUGGAACUCUCUGCCUUCCUAAGUCAGGAUGAGAUUAGCCGUAGUCUGGACCUGGCUCUAGAGGCCAUGAGUGAUGCAGGUGAUCCAAGUGAUGACUCUGAUCUGCCAGUUCCUGCUUCUUUACCCAGUGAAAGUGAGCCAGCACUCUACUCCCCGCCCAAUCCCCCAAACUCCACCCCUCAGCAUUUAACCACAGCAGAAAAUCAACCUCUUCAUUUGCCAACCAAACGCAGUACACUAGCUAAUUCUGUUGCGAUGGCAUCAUCAAAUCCAGCUGAAGCUACUUCCGUCAAGGUUACAUCCAGUCAAAAUGUCCAGCUCAACAAACCCACUCAGGCCCGUACAGGGCCUGAACCCCCAGCCGGCCACAAGCCCAGCAUGACUGUUUACAAGCAGGAGCGUCCACGGUUGGUCCAUGGAGGUCUGGAGGUCAAUGAACGAGCGGCUUCCACAACUGAGUUUUGCAGCCGGGCUGCCACCUUCAUCGAGGAGCUCUCCUCUAUUUUCAAAGGGUCUAACCACCACCAGGAAGAUGAUGACUCCUCCUCACCUGACAGUGGCUACUUGUCCCCAAAGAGCCAUAAAUUGGCAAUGCAGCAGGCUCGAUCCUCUUCAUCAUCUGCAUCUUUGUCUUCAGAUGUGCAGCAAGGAGCUGCUCUUGACGGCAAGACAGAGACGGAGUCGGAAAUUGAUGGGAAUGAGCAUCAGGUUGGUGAGAUCUGUAUGGACGGGUCAAUGGCUCCUCCUCGAUUCACCCAGAAGCUAAGGAGCCAAGAGGUAGCAGAGGGGAGUCCCAUUACUCUAGAAUGCAGGGUGACAGGGAACCCCCAGCCAUUGGUCAGGUGGUUCUGUGAGGGGCGAGAGCUACACCACUGUCCUGAUAUUCAGAUCUGGCAGGAUGAUGACCUGCACACGCUGGUGAUUGCCGAGGCUUUUGAGGACGACACGGGCAGGUACACUUGUGUAGCCUCCAACGCUUUGGGAGCAGACAACACCUCUGCUGAGGUCUACAUCGAGGGAGCCUCAUCUUCAGACUCAGACGGGGAAGGAUCCACGUCCAAAUCUAAGUCAGGAGCCAUGCCGCAGGCUCAGAAGAAAACUGCGUCAGUGUCCUUGACCAUUCGCACGUCUUCACCAAAAAGCCCUGAUAAACCAUCCCUCCGCUCCACGCUGCUCCAGCCACUGUCACAGAGAGUUCAGAGUCCUGUCUCCUCACAGUAUUCUGCUGAUGGACUUCACUCAGCUCCACCUACCUUCACCAAGUUGUUGCAGGAUGCUCAGGCGUGUGAGGGGCAGCUGGUGGUUUUGGAGUGCAGGGUAAAAGGAAGCCCACCGCUCCAGGUCCAGUGGUUCCGGCAAGGCCACGAGAUCCAGGACUCUCCUGAUUUCCGCAUCCUUCAAAAAAAGCCGAGAUCUACAGCAGAGCCUGAGGAGAUCUGCACUCUGGUGAUCGCAGAGGUUUUCCCUGAAGACGGAGGCCAGUUCUGCUGUUUGGCUACAAACCAGUUUGGCUCCAUCAGCUGCAGCGCUCAGCUCACCGUCAUACCAGUGUCAGAAGACUCGCCCAGAAAUGGCGUACCCAGAGACGACAGCGUCUUCGAGGACAAUCGCUCGUUCCCGCCCCCUCCCCCGCCCAAUGAAAUAAGUCUCCUAGAGGUCCCGCCCAAAACUCCGCCCAGCGCUGAGGCCUUCCAGAUAAACGAGCUAGACAUUUGGCCUAGUGUCCAGGCAGCUCCAGAUGUUAAACACCAAUCGAAUGGAGCUUUUUCCAGCAGCAAUACCCCAAGCCCCCAGUCAGCAGUGAGCAUGAAGGAGAGUCCAUCCCCUACUGAAGAAGCUGCACUGUCUCCAUCACCAUCGCCAGCUAAAGAAGGACCCCCGGUUCCCAUCAAACCCAAACCCAGACUGAACGCAGAGCAACUGAAGCAGCUCCACGAUCAGGUCCUUCUAGAGCAGCAGGAAGCAGCUAAGUGGCAGCAGCAGCCUGAACCGAAAUCCCUGCCACUUCCCCAGCAGCAGCCACCUCAGGAGGUCCCGCCUCCCUCUCCGCCUCUUCCCCCUCCUCCCUCCUUCCAGGAGCUGGAGUGCAGCACCAUGCAGACGAGCACGUUCAACUACGCCCGCCCCAAGCAAUUCAUCGCCGCCCAAUCUCCCAUCAGCCCCAGCAGCGGCUCGGUGAGCUACUCCACCCAGUCCUCUACCUCCUCAGGCUCCAGCCUGGCGUCGCCGUUAUCCCCUUCUGCUCCCCACAAGCCGUUUGGCCGCGUCAGCCUGCCGCUUUUCCAGCCGUUGCCUAAAGGAGGCAGCGUUGAGUCCCCAGUCUCUCCUUCCUUCCCUCCUCCUCCUCCACCCUUCCUCAGCUCUAGCACCGUCACCUCUCCCUGUGGCCCACCGCAGGACUUUCCCCCUCCACCACCUCCGCCCCCGCCUCCUGUCACCACAAGCCCCACCUGCUCUGACAGCUCCUCCCCUUUCACAUCCAAACCCCACUCACCUGCUGGGUAUUUGGUGUCUGUGCUGCCAGCCACGCCCUCUGCACCACCUGUCAAUGCGCUGGGGCUGCCCAAAGGAAAUGGCACAGUCUUCCUGCGUAAGAGCACCCGCACGCCACGGCUCGUAAGUGACUCAGAGAUCCAGGAUUCGAAAGAUGCCGUCAUUCAAGACCUGGAGAGGAAGCUGCGCUUUAAAGAGGAACGUGUCAGCAACGGCCAGCAGAGGUUAACCUAUGAGGAGAAGAUGGCUCGCAGGCUUCUGGGGGCUGACAACGCAGCCACAGUGUUUAACACACAGCAAACAGAGGAGGAGCCCGUUACACAGGAAAGCAGUUCAGCUGAUUCAGAAUUUGUCCCUCAAAAGGAGUACAAGGUUUCGAGCUUUGAGCAGCGUCUGAUCAGCGAGAUCGAGUUCCGCCUGGAGCGCCUCCCGGUGGAGGAGAGCGAUGAUGACGUCCAGCACGACGACGACCCGCUGAGGGACUGUGUGGCACCUUACAUCGACCACAAACUCAAACACUUCAAAGUGUUCGAGGGCAUGCCUGUCACCUUCACCUGCAAAGUCAUCGGAGACCCUAAGCCAAAGGUGUACUGGUUUAAAGAUGGAAAACAGAUCUCCAAACGGAGCGAGCACUACCGCAUCAGCCGAGAACCGGACGGUACCUGCUCCCUGCACACAGCCGCUGCCUCUCUGGAUGACGACGGCAACUACACCGUCAUGGCUAGCAACCCUGGGGGCAGGGUGAGCUGCACCGGCAGGAUGAUGGUGCAGGCAGUGAACCAGAGGGGGCGGAGCCAACGCGCCACACCUGGCCACAUCCGCAGGCCUCGCUCCAGAUCAAGAGAUGGUGCUGAGGAGAACGAGAACAUUCAGGAACGUCACUUCCGCCCCCACUUCCUGCAGGCCCCGGGUGACCUGAUUGUGCAGGAGGGAAGACUCUGUCGUAUGGACUGUAAGGUAAGCGGAUUGCCGACACCUGAUCUGAUCUGGCAGCUGAACGGCCAGACCAUCCGUCCAGAUUCCUUCCAUAAAAUGCUGGUGCGAGAGAACGGAGUGCAUUCGUUGGUGAUCGAGCCUGUCACUAGCAGAGACGCAGGAGUCUAUACGUGCAUCGCCAGCAACCGGGCCGGACAGAACUCCUUCAACCUGGAGCUGAUCGUAGCUGCUAAAGAGAUGCACAAAGCUCCUUCCUUCAUCGAGAAGCUCCAGAACACCGGCGUUGCCGAGGGUUACCCUGUGCGCAUGGAAUGCCGUGUAUCCGGAGUCCCGUUCCCUCAAAUCUUCUGGAAGAAAGAGAACGAGUCGAUCACUCACAACACAGACAGAAUAAGCAUGCACCAGGACAACUUUGGCUAUCUGUGUAUGAUUAUUCAGCCAGCUCUGAAGGAGGAUGCAGGCUGGUACACGGUUUCAGCUAAGAACGAAGCGGGCAUCGUUUCUACCACAGCGCGACUCGACGUUCACUAUCAGUAUCAGCAGACACACACCCCAAAGCCCAAGAAGGUGCGCCCUUCCACCAGCCGCUACGCAGCACUGACCGAGCGCGGCCUGGACGUCAAAGCAGCUUUCUUCCCAGACUCCAGCCCCCUGCCCCCUGGUACCCUGGUGGAAAGUGACGACCUGUAGAUGCCUGCGCAGUCCUGACACUAUAAACCCUGACCCUACGACCCCAGUGCCACCGUCUCAGAAACAAGACACCAUCAUGGCCUUUAACCAGAGGAACAUCAUUAACCUCUUGACUGUUUGAAGCUCUUCGAGCUCAGAAGAUUAUCGAUUAGUAAAAUGAAGAAAAGAGAGAAAAAAAAAAAAAAAGGGUUUUCACAGAGAGAAGAGAUUCCAGUUCAUUACAAAUUUGGAAGAUUUGAUUUUGAUCCAUGUUAGAAGAUGGGAAAUAAGGAAGUGUGAUAGGCACUGAAGUGAGGUCAUGUCCAGUUUCUUUCAGACUACACACACACACUCACACACACACACACACACACACAUUCUGAUGGAGGAGGUACGGCACCAGUCGAUCACCUUUCCUACAGUACAUAACUACAUUGUGCCUGAGAAACGAUAAACCGAUUCAAAAAGCUUAACACACAAAGAAAGACAAACAGAAAGCUGUAGCUUCUAGUUCUGCAUGUGUUACUCUGGUGCCAGUGUGUAGUACUUAAUACUCAGUGCCUUAGCCUGGAUUGUAGGUUUGCUGGACAUCUGUUCAUGUUGUAACAGAAAGACUUUUGUGUAAAGAGACUGUUCGUCUAUAGAGAAAUCGGACGGAGAGUUGGAGAAGGCGAAUAGUUGGGUUUCUUAUUAGCUGUGUUCCUUUAUGUAGUGAACUUUCUUUCUAUGUGCAUCACAGCAGUCUGGGUGUAGAUACACAGAUCACACUAUACACAGAUAUCCACCUAGUCUGGAACGCCAUAGAUAUCGCACAAGGCCGGGCCUUAAAAAUGAUUAUUAAUAUUAUAAUUAUUAUUUUUUUUUUCUGUCUUUCUCUAUUCAUGUGUUUGGGCAUAGGGAAGUCGCUACAGGUGCUGAACUGGGUUAUAAGGAUGAACGAACCCUCGCACUCUGAUUUAACGGACAGAGAGGUUGGAGGUGUCACAGGAGAGAGGGGCAGUUUUGGUGAGAUUUACGCCGUUACUUUUAAACCGAGGGUGAACGUGCGCAAAAGCAAGUUCUAGCAACAGCACAAGUGUAUUCACCUCUUACACACGACUGUGUACGCUUUCGUACGAGGAGGAGAGGAAAAAACCCCGGAGUGGAGUAUUUAUAGCCAGAUGCAGACGUUAAAUUAUAUUAGUGAUUAGUGGUUUUCUCCAUGGCUUUACGCCUGAUCUUUUAUUUAACUAUAUAUUUACCGUCAUUUCGAAUUAUUUACACUUAUCUUUUUUUUUUUUUCCUUCGUAUUAACAUAUACACACACGCACGUAUUCAACUCUGGUACUUUUAUUACAUUACGAUAUCUUAGUUAAAUAGCUUCAAGGGUAGCCGGAUUGCACAAACGUAAAGCUUGCAGAAAUACGACUUCUUCAUAUGUACUCACUCGACUUUUUUUUUUGUUUUGUUUUGUUUUUCUUUUCCCGUCGCUGUUACUUCUGUCUCAACACAGUACAACAUACUUAAGGACUGACGAAAGAUUUUGCCUGUAUAUGAAAUGUUCUUCUGACUGUUAUGGUGUAUGAACAAUAUAAAUAAAAUAUCUCUGGAAAUACUA